AUGUCUGCAACUGCCGUUUUCACUACUUUAGAAUCAGUCCUCAAGAAGGAUGGUGAGUCAGUCGUUAAAUCAGUAAAUGGUAUCUACCAAUUCGUUAUCAACACUGCUUCUGGUGCUGUCACAUGGGCUGUCGACCUUAAGAAUGGUGCUGGUUCAAUUAAGAAUGAAAAGCAUGCCAAGCCAGAUUGCACUAUCACAAUGUCAGAGUCGGAUUUCGUCGAUCUCAUGGCUGGUAAACUCAAUGGACAAACUGCUUUCAUGCAAAAGAAAUUAAAGAUCAGUGGAAAUAUGGCUUUGGCUAUGAAGUUGAACAAUAUUGUAAAGAAGAUUAAGGAAGCUGAGAAGUCUGCUCCAGCUGCUGCCACUCCAGCCACCACCACUCCAGCUGCUCCAGCCGCCGCUGCUGCCGGUCUCGCUGACGGUACUCCAGUCGGUAAGAUCUUUGAUGAUCUCUCAAAGACUGUCGGUACCAGACCACAACUCGUCAAAUCGAUCAACGGUAUCUACCAAUUCAACAUUACAGGCAGCGGUGCACCAAAGACCUACACUGUCGACUUGAAGAACGCCCCAGGUGCCGUCAAGAGCGGUGCUCCAGCCAAGGCUGACUGUACAAUUACCAUCAAGGACACCGACUUCCUCGAUCUCUUCAGCGGAAAGGUCAACGGUCAAGUUUUGUUUGGUCAAGGUAAAUUGAAGAUUCAAGGAAAUAUGGGAUUGGCCAUGAAGUUGGGUCAAAUCACCAAGCCAGCCUCAAAAUUGUAA